AUGAAGUCCUGUCUGGUUUUUCUCGUCACCUGUGUGACCCUGAUCUCGCUGUGUCAUGCCACCCCUCUCACAUCCCUGGAAGCCAGCGGUGAUGAAGCAGAGCUGGAGCUCCUUUUUCCAACCUCUUUCUCCACUCGAGCACCUGUUCACAUCUCCGCCACCACUGGAGCUCCCACCCUCACCAACACCAUCACCACCACCAUGAUUCGCCUGAAGGACUUCGUCCUCACCCGAGUAGUGGACUUCCUGCAGGAGAAUCUGCUCAUCAUCAUCGUCGUGACCUCCCUUCUCAUCGUCAUGGUCUUCAUCAUCUGCUGUGCCUCUGCCAUGAGUCACAAGCGCAAGCUGGAGGCCUACAAACCCCCUCCUCACCCAAACAGGAAGUAUAUGGAGAGGCCGUACGCCGUCGACCACGUCAAGAGGGUCCAGACUCAGAGCAUGGCCUCCCCCAAGAACCUGCGCGUGCCAUCCAAGGCUCUGGUGGGAGAGAGGGGGAGAGACGUCAGGUCAUCACCCCGCCAGGAGGUCAGAAAGGUCAGGGCGGCAGAGGAGGUGGAAAAGCGGAGAGAGGAGCCCAGGCAGAAAGAGCAGCUGAAGUACAGGGAGGAGGAGAGAUCCAGCCCCAGCACCAGCUCCGCUCAUCCAGUCUGCACCUGCCACAUGAAGAAGGGCCACCAUUAGGGCCUGUUCAGGGCUGAUGUGGCGUAAGAGGUGAAACGUUGUAACCAUGACAUAAGAACAGGAUCAGACACGUUGGUUAUACUGCACACAGGUUCAUGCCUUUAGAUGAAAAAGGAUCCUUCGUUUAAACACUUUAAAUGUUAAUAAAAAUAUGAACCUGAUCACCUGGAGUAUAAUCUAAAGUAAAAAUGAAAAAUACCAGGAUAGAAGAUGUGAGUAGAAAUCAGAAUACUCAGUUGUGUUAGUGCAUAAAUCCAGUCUAUAAAGUUUUUGAUUGAUUAAAAAGCCACACUUGAUAUCAGAGGAUGUUGGAAAAUAAUGGCUGAUUUCUUUGAAGGCUACGUGCCGACAGCCUUUCACUUUUAAAGCGGCUCAGUCGUCCUAUGCAGUGGUCAGCCACUUGGUUUUAUCAGUGAUUACCACAGUGUCUCAAACGCCUAAAAUAAUGUCACUGUGCCAGUGAAGUAGCAACACUUGGAAUAAUAAGUGAAAUCAAUGUUUUUCUUAUGGAUACAUCUUUUUUUUCUUUUUUUUUUUGAAGACAAAAAAUAUUUAAAGGUGAAAAGAACAGGCAGCCUGUAAUUCCGCAAUCUUUUUCAAAUACAAAUGACAAGUAUUUUUAAGUGUUUUUAAUACAGAUACAUAUUACUCCAUAUGCCUGCCUAGACAGAGAA